UGGUGGCAGCAGGGAAACGAGGCCACCUUAAAUGACAUGCUGACAUAAGAAGAACAUUACUCUCCACCCAUAUCCGAGAAGCGUCAGUUAAGAGGAGUCUCACCUUUCCGACUACGCUCUUAUCACCAAGUAAGACACCGGUGACCUGACUAUACACGAAAGCAUCUCGGGACCUGACUGUUCCUAUUACUGGCCAGGACUGACGCCCCCGAGCCCGGGUCUGCAGCGUAACGACGCGCACGGGGCCACCAGAGAAUUUACUGAGACGUUAUUGUGGAUAAUCAAGUGUUUGGAUUUAUCUCAGAGUUUUGUCGCUGUGUGGGUUUACUUUACAUGCCAAAGCUGGGGCAAGAGACGGGAACACAGCCGACUUUUCCGCGAAGCUUUACAGUUUUCGCCACAGUAAUUGGUUAUCGGAUGGACCAGCAUCCCAGCGCCCGAAGCUGCACCAGUCGCGGGGCUUCGUCCUGCGAGGCCGUCCCGACUGAACCCUCCAUGAAUCUGUACAUCCACUCCACCACCGGCACACGCUUCGAGCUCUCCUUGCCACUGGAGGAGACCGUGGAGGGACUGAAGAGGAGACUGUCGCAAAGACUCAAAGUCCCAAAAGAGAGACUCGCUCUGCUACACAAAGAAACGCGACUAAGUUCAGGCAAACUCCAGGAUCUAGGCAUCUCGGAUGGGAGCAAGUUAACACUUGUGCCAACAGUUGAAGCAGGAUUAAUGUCUCAAGCAUCAAGACCAGAACAGUCAGUAAUGCAAGCUUUGGAGAGCCUAACAGAAACUCAGGUCAGUGACUUCCUGUCUGGUCGCUCUCCCCUCACCUUGGCGCUGCGUGUAGGUGAUCACAUGAUGUUUGUCCAGCUCCAGCUGGCAGCGCAGCAGUCUGGUGGUCCCCAACUCCAGCACAGGCACCUCAUCACCCGGGGAAAUUCGGAGGGACAGCCCCGGGUUCCCCACACUCACCCGCACUCUCAUCAACAUCCCCACCAUCCACAUAAUCACCCCAGCCCCCACUUGUCCCAUCCUCACCCUAUCCCCUCCUCCCCUUCUUCCCCAGGAUCCCCUUCUUUUCCCCUGCCCUCCACACACCUCCAGUCCCUUCCUCCCAUGUACCACCAGUCGCCCUCCUCUGCUCACUGUAGCCCACCUACUCCUCCACCACACUCCCCUCGCCCAUCCCAUGUCCCUGGGGGUCUUUUCCGCUCGCCCGCUCAUCAUCAUCACCACCAUCACCACCACUACCACCAGCCUUCCUCAGGCCAACCCAGCCACGAGAUCGGCCAGGUCAGCCCUGUAGCCCCAGUCCUCUGCCCUGAGGCUAACUGCAGUACCAACAGCUCCAACAGUGGCACCAGUUCCUCGCCACGCUCCCGUAAACCCGGCGCCAUCAUUGAAAGCUUUGUCAACCAUGCUCCCGGAGUCUUCUCAGGGACUUUUUCAGGCACUUUGCACCCAAACUGCCAGGACAGCAAUGGGCGUCCCAGACGGGAUAUUGGGACCAUCUUGCAAAUCCUCAAUGACCUCCUGAGCGCCACACGCCACUACCAGGGCAUGCCCCCCUCCCUCACCCAGCUCCGCUACCAGACGCAGUGUGGUUCGCCCACUUCCCCAUCCCCCUCGCCGCCUCCCUCCCCUCCAGUUGCUGGCAUGACGGGCCUCUCUGCCAAAGCUACCUCUGUGCCCGCCGGCAGCCCAAGCAGCCCUCCUCCAGCUCUGCAUCCACUUGUGCAGUGCGAGAGCCAGAUUCGCAUGUGCAAACCCCCUGGUGAUCGUAUACGUCAGACAGAGAACCGUGCAACCAGGUGUAAGGUGGAACGUCUGCAGCUCUUGAUGCAGCAGAAGCGUCUGCGCAGGAAGGCCAGGCGGGACCAACGGGCUCCUUAUCAGUGGCUGCCCAACCGCAAGGCCGGACGCAGCAAUAGCAACAGCAGCAUGUCCAGCGAGGGCUCCCUGGACCUGGACUUUGACGAUUCCGUGUGGAAGCCCGAUGUAAAGGCUGACUUGAAGUCCGAGUUCGUCAUGGCCUGAACCAUCUGCUCCCACAUACGCAUUCAAAGAUGUGCAAAGCAUUGCUUGGGAUUUCCUUAGAGAUAAUUUUGAGGGAGCGGAUUUGCAGGAGGUGACAUGUAACUUCAGAGAGGAAAUCAAAGUUGUCCUUGCGACAGUCAUCUGUCACAUGAAAACAGGCUCCCUGCAGACUCUAAUCUCAUUCUGCCCUUCGUGGGUGACCUUGUGAAAAAAUAAAAAUAAAACAGCAACAUUAGCAUAAGAACUUUCUUGUGAUGCUUGGAUUUGGACAGGCAACUACUGGACUUAACAGUGUGCAAGACCUUUUUUUGGGGUAUGAUUACAGAGACCAUACCUGUACUUGAGUAUAGCAGAAUUCAGUGGGUGGUGGUGGUGGUAUUUUCAGAAUUUUUGUUUUUGUUUUUUUUCUUUUUAAAUGCACUCUGGGGAGAAAUGAAGAGAUCCACACUGGACAUAACAGGACAGGAGCACCAGAGGCUUCAGUGUUUCCUAAUCAGAAGAAGGGCAGAACUGCCGGACUAUGGAUUAUUUCAGUGGGCAUUCUAAUUGAUCUCAAAACUCAUCAACAAGAGUCCAGUUUUUACCUGUUACGGGGUGGUUAAACCUUUUCUUUUUCCACUUUUAAGCAUAUUAUUAUAUUUUAUAAACAAAAAAAUAUGUAGCAUUGUUCACAAAGCAUUCAGGUUUUCAUAUAACAGUUCAAAGUAGUUUGCACAUAUUCUUGAUUUAUAACAGCUGGUCAAAAUGUGCAAGGAGGAGGUGGGGCCUGAAAUAGAAUAAAUAAUAAAUAUGGAAGUAUUGAUAUCAACCUCAGUGACAUAGGGUAUUGAUAGGAAUGAUUAAUUAAUACACAAAAUAAAUGAAUAUUAACAGAAAGUGCUUUAGAGGAUUUUAAAAUCUUUAAAAUGUAUAUGAAAAAAAAUCUAUUUUUAUUUCUCUUCCUAUCUGCUGUUUUCAAAAAACAGCAGCCCUUUGUGGCUUUAGUCAAAUCGCUGACUACCAACAAAUAUGUGCAUCCAUUCAAUCAUUCAUUAGCUCAUUCAUGACUUUUUUUUCUUUUUUCUUUUUUUUGUCUAGCCACAACAAAAGUUACAGAAAGAUCAUUUUUCAUGCAGCCAACCUCAUGUGUUACAAACCUGAAGAGACUGAGGGAUUUCGAGUUUGUGUACAUAAAUGUGACAAUUGGCAAAUGCUUGUUAGGGCGUGUGUGUGUAAGUUUGUUGUAAAUUGAUUUUUAGAAUAUCCUAUGUUUUUGUCCAGUUGUCUUCUCUCAAACGACCCCAUACAUUCUCAAAUUUGUGAAGUUCAGCUGCCGUGAGCACAUGGCCCACUACUUUGCAACAUGACUGUAUGAAAAAGCAAAUUGGCUCCCAGUUUGAUGCCCAAUUGAUGUGUACCUGUUAUCACAAGUUCUCAUAAUGAUGCCUCUAAUUUUUUUUUUUUUUUUUUUUUUACUGGCCAAGAGGGAGACGAAAUGGGGUCUUUAUCCGGCAUCAUUAUCUAGUGCCUCCACCAGUACAUACAUUGACAUAUCAGGUUAGGCCUUUCACAGUUUUGCUGCUACACAUGGGGACUUAAAAUGUGGGGAAAAAAAAAAAAAACACGGGAGGGAAAAGUGACUUUCCUUUGCAUGCAGAAGUGUGUAAUUAUGCUGAUUUUUUUUUUUUUUUCUAUUGAUGGAAAAAAAAAAGGAAACUGGUGCUGUGGAAAUGAAGGUUAACAACAUGCAUGAAUUUGUGAAGAAAAUAAACAAUGCUGCUUUUGUUGGCUAGGUUCUUUUGUAAGGUUUAAUUUUUUUCAAUGUUAGAACAACCGUGUCCUGCUAAAGUAUUACGACGCAAAACCAAAACGGAUGAAGUUAAGUGUGGGCUAAGCUUUGUUGCUCGGCACUGAAUAUUUCUGUUGCGCGCAGUGAAGAUGAUGAUGUGAUGAUGAGCAAAGAGCAACUGACUCUCUCUCUCUCUCAACUCCUUAAAAGCUGGUUCUUAUCCCCCAUGACUUUCAAGGACCCAAACAGCCUGCAAACUGUUAAACCGCCUCCCCUCCUCCCAGCCUGAAUGCCAACAGAGGCUCACGUGGAUGCAUUCUCACAGGGAACCAACAGACCUGAGGAUUUACAGUACUGUCUAUCAAAUCUACUCAAGAGAAGCGUCUGGUCUGUCUGUCUGAUUGACCACCCAACCACGAUUGCACUCCCAGAGAUUGCAGUGAGAGAUUACCUUUUUGGUGAACCUCAUCUUUUUUUUUUUAAGUGGCCUUACCUUUCACUAAAAAAAUGAGACACUUGGGGACAAAUGGGGGUGGGAAUGUUUCCUGUUUGUUUUUUAAACUUUCUGUGCAUAUCGAUGUUGGACACCGUUUUUGUCACCGAGGACACUGGGCAUCUGUCGUUUAGUGCUUUUAGCUGGUGGAGUCUCUAUUAUGUCAAGGCUUCUGUGCCUUAAAAUGUUGCCCUUGCAGUGUCAGUGUCAGAUUUGAGCUUGUUAUUCAUUUUUUUCCCCCACUUUGUUGGUUGAUACACAUGACUGUAGUAUUUUGCAGCAAUGAGAGUCGUAGAUUUUUGGGUUAAAGCUUGUUUGAGUGAAUCAAAUACUUUUCAAAAGUAGGUUUUGUUCCUCAGAUAUGGUCUUUGUCCCAUUUCAUUGUGUUGCCAUGCUUGUUGGUCUCUGUUAUUCAAACCACACGUCCCUCUUAACCCAGUCCCCAGCUGCCAACAAGCUGCAAAAAAGCUAUAAAUCUGUGUAACUUUUAUCUGAGGAAGUUUACAGCACAGAACGUAGAUGACAAGAGACAGCCCAGAUUCAAAAUAAAAGGUCCUAUAAGGACUUCCAAGACUACAUGCACUUCCUGUUUCCUUGGAUCCAUCAUUUUUAAAGGACAAUUAAACCCCUGCCCCUCCCAAAUGUUCAUUUUGGGUUUUUUUUUUUUGUAUAUGUAUGAACUAUACUCUGUGUGUGCCUCACUUCUGUGUAAAACUCAAAGAUGAAACAAAACAAAAAAGAUGACAAAAGCAUUACAGAGAGGAUUAAAAACAGUAUGUUGGUGGAAUUCUGAUCACGUCAUUUAAGUUGCCUGUUCUUUCUUGUAGCCAACUAUUGAAAAUAACAGGAUUCAAGAAUACAAUUUACAAUGUUCUAGCUCUAGACCGGUGUAGCACAUGUGUGACUGUAUUAAUUUAUAAAACCAAAAUGGUAACUGUGAAUUAUGUAUUUCUUUGUGCAUUUUUAAAAAAAACAAACAAACAAAAAAAAAAAACGACAAAAAAAAAAAAAUCAGUGGAAAAGGUUGUUGGGACAUGGAAGCAGCUGACGUUCAUGUCCGAGAAAGGGAAACUUUUUUUUUCUGGUGGAAUAUAAUGGAAACAGAAUGUGUUUCUGAAAAAGAAAAAAAAUGGAAAAAGCGAAAAAAAUAUAUGAAUAUAUUUUUUUUCUUAAGCAAUACAUUUCAGUGUGACUUGUGAUAGAACAUUUUCUUUUUUUAGGUAAUAAAUAAAUAACAA